AUGGUAGGAAACAAGGGCAGGGGUGCGGGAAAUCAAGGGCAGGGAGGGGAGAAGCAAUGGGUGAGGGGAAAACAAGGGAGGGGCAGAGGGGGGGCAGGGAGGGAAGAAACGUGGGGCAGGGAGGGGAGAAGCCAAAGACAGGGGCAUGGGCAGGCGGGGGCAGGGAGGGAGCAAAGGAGAGGCACGGAGAAAGAAAGGGAGGCGCGGGGAGGGGAGAAACCGGGCGUGGGGGGGCGGAAAAUGAGGGGCAGGGCGGGGAGGAGGGAGGGGCAGGGAGGGGAGAAGCUGAGCACACGGAGGGGGGAAAGGUGGGGCAGGGAGGUAGGAAGCCAAGGGCAAGGGGGGGAGAGUGGGGGAGCAGGGAGAGGGGGGAGGUGGGGAGCGGAGAAAGGCGGCGAGGGGCAGGGAGGGGAGAAACCAAGCAUAGGGGGGCGAGAUACGAGGGGCAGGGUGCGGAUUGAGGAGGGGCAGGGAGUGGAGUGGGUCGGCGAGGGGAAGGAAGAGGCGUGCAGCAGAGGAGGGGAGGGGGGAGGAGAAGGUAAACGAGGGGAGCGCACGGGCGGGGAGGAGCGAAUGGCGGGCGGUGGGAAACGGCGAGGGGGGCAGGGAGGGUCAAAAGAGGCGGCAAGGGAGCGGGCACGCGGAGGGUGGGGGCGGGGGGGAGCGGAUGGCAUGAGGAGGCAGGGGGCUUGCCCGUGCGAAGAAACGCCCCGUGCGCACCACCGUUGGGCGGUUGGAAGCCGCACACGGUCGCGGGGGUGGAGAGCGGAAACGGGCAGCCGGGGGAGGGUGGGGGCGGUUGGAUGGGACUGGGGUGUACGGGGGGCAGGGGAGUUGAGGGGGCAAGGGGAGGGGCAGCAACGGGCAGGGGCUGGGCCAGCUGAGGGCACGGAAAAGGGGCGGGCAGAGGGUGAGCAGAGGGGCGAGCGAUGCAAGGGAGGCACCAUAGGGGGGAAACCAGUUGCACGGAGGUGGGAGGUGAGGGGCGUGCGAGGGGGUGGGAAAGGGGCAGGGAGGGGCGGAAUGGGAGGACGUGGGUGGGGGGUGGGGGAGGGGAGUGGAGGGGAGAAGCAAUGGGUGAGGGGAAAACAAGGGAGGGGCAGAGGGGGGGCAGGGAGGGAAGAAACGUGGGGCAGGGAGGGGAGAAGCCAAAGACAGGGGCAUAGGCAGGCGGGGGCAGGGAGGGAGCAAAGGAGAGGCACGGAGAAAGAAAGGGAGGCGCGGGGAGGGGAGAAACCGGGCGUGGGGGGGCGGAAAAUGAGGGGCAGGGCGGGGAGGAGGGAGGGGCAGGGAGGGGAGAAGCUGAGCACACGGAGGGGGGAAAGGUGGGGCAGGGAGGUAGGAAGCCAAGGGCAAGGGGGGGAGAGUGGGGGAGCAGGGAGAGAGGGGAGGUGGGGAGCGGAGAAAGGCGGCGAGGGGCAGGGAGGGGAGAAACCAAGCAUAGGGGGGCGAGAUACGAGGGGCAGGGUGCGGAUUGAGGAGGGGCAGGGAGUGGAGUGGGUCGGCGAGGGGAAGGAAGAGGCGUGCAGCAGAGGAGGGGAGGGGGGAGGAGAAGGUAAACGAGGGGAGCGCACGGGCGGGGAGGAGCGAAUGGCGGGCUGGUGGGAAACGGCGAGGGGGGCAGGGAGGGUCAAAAGAGGCGGCAAGGGAGCGGGCACGCGGAGGGUGGGGGCGGGGGGAGCGGAUGGCAUGAGGGGGCAGGGGGCUUGCCCGUGCGAAGAAACGCCCCGUGCGCACCACCGUUGGGCGGUUGGAAGCCGCACACGGUCGCGGGGGUGGAGAGCGGAAACGGGCAGCCGGGGGAGGGUGGGGGCGGUUGGAUGGGACUGGGGUGUACGGGGAGCAGGGGAGUUGAGCGGGCAACGGGAGGGGCAGCAACGGGCAGGGGCUGGGCCAGCUGAGGGCACGGAAAAGGGGCGGGCAGAGGGUGAGCAGAGGGGCGAGCGAUGCAAGGGAGGCACCAUAGGGGGGAAACCAGUUGCACGGAGGUGGGAGGUGAGGGGCGUGCGAGGGGGUGGGAAAGGGGCAGGGAGGGGCAGGAAUGGGAGGACGUGGGUGGGGGGUGGGGGAGGGGAGUGUGCGUGGAGGGAAGAAACGUGGGGCAGGGAGGGGAGAAGCCAAAGACAGGGGCAUAGGGCAGGCGGGGGCAGGGAGGGAGCAAAGGAGAGGCACGGAGAAAGAAAGGGAGGCGCGGGGAGGGGAGAAACCGGGCGUGGGGGGGCGGAAAAUGAGGGGCAGGGCGGGGAGGAGGGAGGGGCAGGGAGGGGAGAAGCUGAGCACACGGAGGGGGGAAAGGUGGGGCAGGGAGGUAGGAAGCCAAGGGCAAGGGGGGGAGAGUGGGGGAGCAGGGAGAGAGGGGGAGGGUGCGGAUUGAGGAGGGGCAGGGAGUGGAGUGGGUCGGCGAGGGGAAGGAAGAGGCGUGCAGCAGAGGAGGGGAGGGGGGAGGAGAAGGUAAACGAGGGGAGCGCACGGGCGGGGAGGAGCGAAUGGCGGGCGGUGGGAAACGGCGAGGGGGGCAGGGAGGGUCAAAAGAGGCGGCAAGGGAGCGGGCACGCGGAGGGUGGGGGCGGGGGGAGCGGAUGGCAUGAGGGGCAGGGGCAACGGGCAGGGGCUGGGCCAGCUGAGGGCACGGAAAAGGGGCGGGCAGAGGGUGAGCAGAGGGGCGAGCGAUGCAAGGGAGGCACCAUAGGGGGGAAACCAGUUGCACGGAGGUGGGAGGUGAGGGGCGUGCGAGGGGCGUGGGAAAGGGGCAGGGAGGGGCAGGAAUGGGAGGACUGUGGGGGUGCGGGAAAUCAAGGGCAGGGAGGGGAGAAGCAAUGGGUGAGGGGAAAACAAGGGAGGGGCAGAGGGGGGGCAGGGAGGGAAGAAACGUGGGGCAGGGAGGGGAGAAGCCAAAGACAGGGGCAUGGGCAGGCGGGGGCAGGGAGGGAGCAAAGGAGAGGCACGGAGAAAGAAAGGGAGGCGCGGGGAGGGGAGAAACCGGGCGUGGGGGGGCGGAAAAUGAGGGGCAGGGCGGGGAGGAGGGAGGGGCAGGGAGGGGAGAAGCUGAGCACACGGAGGGGGGAAAGGUGGGGCAGGGAGGUAGGAAGCCAAGGGCAAGGGGGGGAGAGUGGGGGAGCAGGGAGAGGGGGGAGGUGGGGAGCGGAGAAAGGCGGCGAGGGGCAGGGAGGGGAGAAACCAAGCAUAGGGGGGCGAGAUACGAGGGGCAGGGUGCGGAUUGAGGAGGGGCAGGGAGUGGAGUGGGUCGGCGAGGGGAAGGAAGAGGCGUGCAGCAGAGGAGGGGAGGGGGGAGGAGAAGGUAAACGAGGGGAGCGCACGGGCGGGGAGGAGCGAAUGGCGGGCGGUGGGAAACGGCGAGGGGGGCAGGGAGGGUCAAAAGAGGCGGCAAGGGAGCGGGCACGCGGAGGGUGGGGGCGGGGGGGAGCGGAUGGCAUGAGGAGGCAGGGGGUGUGA